UAUACAUUUAAAAUUUCCAAAGGCCCGUUUUUAAACACUGAUUUUGAAGUUUGAGCCGGAUGUCUUUCAUCUUAGAUUCUGUCCAACAUUCCGAGCAGCAGCUGAGACUCUCCUCCACAUACACACACACGCACAUUUACAAAUCUGACUCCUAGUCCAAAACAAUGAGUGCGCACGACGCACAGCCUGCUCCAAACCUCUCCAACAAAUGCGGACUUUUUCCUCCAGGGCCGUCCGUAGCAUGCGUCUCAAGGAGAAGGACCACGGGAGUAUAACUUGACAAUUAUCGGAGUUUUUGUUUGUCCUUCUUCUCCUCUUUUAUGAGUGUGUAUGAGUCUGUGGAGAAACUAUGCCGUUCUGCAAGCGCACCAUUCUCCCCAAAGAUGUGUGCAAGGCCGGCGGCGGCGGCGGCGGGAGGCUGCCGGCGGAGGUGUUCGGGGAGCUGGCGGACGUAUGCGGCACGUCCCUGUGCUCGGUGCUGCGGCAGCUGUCGGAUCUGUCCCGGCACUCGGUGAGCAUCCUGGAGGAGCUGGAAGGGGAGCUGGUGUCCGUGUGCCGCCGCUCCGGCGCGCUGGAGGGCAGACUGGUCCUGUUGCAGAGGCACGUCGCCGAGCUGCUCAGCAAGCCCCCGCCAAGAGCCGCCAGCGGUCUCGAGCCAGAGAGCGGAAGGCGCGGUGGCAGCAACAGCGUCAGCAGCCACGGCGACGGUAACCACAGCAGUGGCGGCGGCGGCAGCGGAGGCAGUAGCGGCGAAGGCAGCAGCGGCGGCGGCAGCGCGGCCCAUUUCAGGUCUCCAUGGCAACAGAGCGUGAACGUGUUCGGCUCGUGGAGCAGGCCGGAGUGUGUCGAGGAGCUGCACCAGCAGGCGCAGCUCAACCUCCAGAGCCUGCUGCAAGAAUUUGAGGAGCAGCUGUACGACACCAAGCUGACCAGCCAGACGUUUCGCCAUCCAUCCUCGCAGAGCUCAGACGACACGUCCACGUCGCUCAGCCGCUCACCAGUCUCUCUCAACAACAAGAGGCCGGACUUCAUCUUCCUGCCGGCGUCAAAGCAGCUCUACGAAGAUGAAACCACCUCCUCCGUGUUUGGCCUGAGGUCUGUGAUCAACCCGUCGCCUUCCCCGACCCCGUCCCCCUGCGGCUCGGAUCGCCCCCCUCUGGCCUGGAGCAGCAACAACAGCAGCUGCAGCACAGCUACGUCCGCCACCACAAGGCCGCCCGUCGCCGAGAAACCGCGCUGGCACCCGUUACGACGCACGCUGGCUCACUGCAUGCCACUCGACGUCACAGGUGAAGUGGGAGCAGUGAAAUUCCACGGUGUCGACCUCCUCCAGCACUCCCCGUCCCCGUCCCCCUCUCCUGGGGACUCCUAUCCCCAGCAGCCCCACUCUCUGGAGCUCUUCACGGACACACCACAUCAAAACCUCCCAAUAAGGAAGACACACUCAGAGCUUGACACAACCCUGCCCACAGAUAACCGUUUGGGGCAACGCCCCCCGGAGCUGCUUCACACAGCAGCUAUGGACCACUCUGGGUUGCUGUGCUCCAACACACCCUCAUCCACCUGGAAUGGCCCUAAAGGAUCCACGUUUUCUCCUGCUGCGUGGAAUGAGACUUACAAUUACAACAUGAGCAAAGGUCCAGCAGUUCCUCCCAAACAUCACAGUGUCAUUGGUCAUGCUGGCGGGAUACAGGAUGGGGUCAUGCUGGUGAGCUCGGGACAGUCUGUGAGCUCACACUCCAGCUCGUUCACAUGCGUGACGGACCCGACUGGGAGAACAGGAAAUGGUGGGUCAGGGAUCUCUCCGCCAGUGGUCACAGUGGGAAAACGUAGGGAAACAGAGGGGGCACCAGCAGACGGAGGGCGAGGGGGUGGUGCGGAGGCAGGGCGAGGAAGGCAGAGGUCAGCACGAUCCAUAGCGGCUCAAAACGCCUUCAAGUUCCGGGAACGUUCCCUUUCCACGCCCACUGAUUCUGGGUCCUUUUGCUUUACACAGGGUGUUAUAGAGCCAGACUUGACCAUCACCACUACUGGUAAUGGGAACACUAUGGUAAUGGACCACCAUCAAGACCAUCAUAACUAUCUGGGUCAUGGGGAGAACUAUGCUCUUCUUUACCCAAGAGGAAGUUCUGAGGAUAGUGCAAGUACUACGGACACUAUUUCUGUCACGGCUUCAGAUUACAGCACAGAAGGGCGCUUGCGCCUUCGCUCUCGUUCGAUCUCACUUAAGAAGUCCAAGCGCAAGCCCCCACCCCCUGUGAGAAGUGUUUCCUUAAUGAAAAACCUUGGAGAAGCAGAGGGCAGAAUAAGGCACGGGGGUGGUCUUUACCGAGAUGGCAGACCAAAGAGCUUGCACAUACCCAGGGACAACUUCCCGGAAUUCCAGCCAGAUUUCCUUUUGACAAGCUCUUCUUGCUCCUCUAAAGCCAGUGUAUGUGAAAGGGAGCUGGGCCAAAGGGGUAACGAUGGACCUCCAAGUCUGGAAAUACAGGCACCUGAGAGGGAAGGAGAAACACAGAUGACCUUCCCAACUCACUGGCAGCUGGGAGAUUGGAAGAGUAAUGACCCCUACAGGUCUUUAUCAGGCUCCAGCACAGCAACGGGUACCACAGUGAUUGAAUGUAUGAAAGUGAGAAGUAGUUCAGAGUCCCUUCUAGAUUCUCCCUCCACGUCCAGAGCCACGUCCCCUUCACAGUUAUCCAUGGAGACUGACGUUAAGGCUUCCUCCCCUUUAAAGCCUCCAGGACUUAUAUCUCCCUCAAGUGGCUAUUCCAGUCAGUCAGAGACUCCUACUCCAACAGUUCCGAUGAAUCAUGGGACAGUAGGUACGACAGGGUGUAAGAUGCGUCCAAAGAUCCCAGAAAGGAAAUCUUCACUACCAUCACCUAAGGACCCAGCUGCCAGGUCAAGAUUGUCAUUUGAAAUGCCUGGAAAUGCACAUUUGGAGCUGUCAUUGCUAAAGCCAAAGCAGAAGGCAAGCAGGCGGCAUUCUGACACCUCUACUGCUGCCAAACCAGGAAAAAUCAGCCUCAGUUCUUCACAGGCAUUACCUAUGGUUACCCAGAAUGAGCUAAAGACCAUUAGACUUCGGUCUGUUUCGCGAGGAGAUCUGGAGGACUGCCCUGAUGGAGCUUCUGACACAAUUGAAGAAGAGCAGCAUGGCAGAGACUUCAGGGACAACCCAAGCCCACCACCGACUCUACCAAAGCCUAAACCACCUGUAGCUGUCAAGCCUCCAUUGCCCAAACGGCCCAUGAACCUCCUCCUUAAGUCACCUUCUCCUUCCUCCACCUCCCCCCUUGCUAUUGAAUCUCCUCCUGCCUCACCUGUGGAACGUCCAGUGCCUCUUGGCAACAUCUACAAAGUCAUGAAAAAGCCCAAACCCAAAAAGCCCCCACCGCAGACUCCAACAAGUCCUGCCAUUCCGCCAGAUUUGAAUUCCACCAAUGCGCCACCCACUGCCUAUGACCACCCAUUCCUCCCUCUCUCCCAGUCUCUGUUUGACCUCCCACCACUCCCUGAUCCCCAACCUUUGUUGGAAGACCCAAUGUUGGAACCUGAAUUUGACGGAGAACCAGAUAUCCGUCUAGCACCCGAGGAUGGUGGUUCACUUCCUUCUCCAUGCAGUUCCCAAGAAGGCCCUGAGCUCCAAGACAAGAGCAAGACACUACCUUCAAGGAUGACAAUCUCCUGUCUGGCUGAGCUGUCUGACAAAAAGAAACCCAAGGUUCCGCCUCCAGUUCCCAAGAAACCAAAUGUCCUACUCCUUCCCACACCACUACACCCUUCCACUAAUGGGAGUACAGACCGGCAGAUUCCACAGUCUGACAGCCCGGUGGGUCUGCGGUCUCCAGUUGGAGCAUUUGCACCAGAUGACAUGUCGGAGCAGGACGAAAACCACUUGGGAACAGAUGAGGACAGCUCAAAAGAGUCAUCUCUACAGUCGUCACUCCAGGAUUCCUCUCUCACGGAAAUUGGAGAUAAGAUGGCCAGCACUGACAUCGGGGCAGAUGAUUCAGCUGCCGAUGAGAAGACUGCUCUCCACAUCGCUGAGGAAAUGGAAGAUGACAUGUUGACCAGCACUCCUACGACACACACCACCGAGGAUUUAUUCACCAUUAUACACAGGUCCAAGCGAAAGGUUCUGGGCCGUAAGGAGCCCUCGGAUUCUUUUGGCAGCCGCCAGAGCCUGGUGUCUCCCGUGAAGCACAGCGCCAUUGUGAGCGACCAUCGGAACCUAACCUUGGGCAGCAGCCAGAGGUCGAGCUCUCGCAACGAGAACUUCAUGGCCCUGCUUCAGAAGAAAGGCAGCAAGUCUUCAAGUGGAGGAGCUAGGGUGUCCGCAAUGGAGCUCCUGAAGAGCACAAACCCUCUAGCGCGACGUGUCACGGAAUUCUCAAACCCCAAUGCAUCAUCCGCCGAGGGAGGGGAAGUGCCGUCUGCGUCCGACAAACCUAACGAUCAAUGAAUGGAAAUACAAUUUCUAGACGUUGACCUGGUCUGGAUCCUGUUUGCUACAACUCAAACCAACUCUACAAUCUGCCACACACAGAAGACAGGUCCUGAGCUUUCCAACCUCUGAUUGACCAUUUGGAUUGUCCAAUGAAAUUGGAACACAUUUUUUGGACAAAAUGGUCCUUCCUAGGGUUGGAGCUCAGUGUUUGCCUGUCAAACUCAUCAGAGGAGAAAAGGGUUGUUUUUUAACUAUAUAGAGAGAUUAAAAACCUCCUGUUUAGUGAGGAAAAUGUAUGGGCAGACUGAUUUGUGGAGAUGACGCUGGGAAUGUAGAGACAGACGGUGGAUAUAUCUUCAUUCCUUUUGGUUUGGCAUUGACAACAGAUCUGAAUCCUAUCUGAAUCUGCAGCGAUACUGAUCUACCACAACACCACUGAGGACAAGGAAUCAUCUUAAUUCAAGAAAUAAUUGGAAUACAAUUACAAAAUCUGCCUGUGAUUCAGUUGCUUUACAGGUGUAACACCUGUAGGCCUUUAUGAAGUUGAGUAUUGGGCUUCGGUUUUGCGAUGGGGAAACUGAGGAAGGUAAACUUGGACAUUGUGGCUCCAUUUUCCUCCCCACGGUCAAUGCAAUAGCAUAGCAGCCCAACAGUGAAGUGCCAGAUUGAACACAGACAAACUGCAUGGGGGAUUUUUUAUUUUAUUUUAUUUUUUGCCACCAAAGAUGAGGCAUGAGCAUGUCCCUCAUUUUGUUGCUCGUGCUGUGACCGUGAACGUGGAUCUUCGGUAAGCAUUCCACAGAGGCACCAAGCGAUCCGACUCUGCUUGGAAAGCGAAGCACUUUUCUUUCCUUUGGCCUCAGAGGUCGUUUACAUGGCGAAAUCCCGUUUUGCCGUUUUGUUUCCCCUCGUCGUCCAUUAUCUUCUUAAUCUGUUUUUAGAUGUUAGGUUUUGCUCCUAUUUUUUUUUAUACAUUCUAAAUGUCUAUUUACUGUAUAUGUUUAAUGGGAUUAUACUGUAUGUAUCAUGUACAAAGAUAAAUGGAAAGCAUCUAUCAACAAAGACUCAAACUAGUGUACAAAGAUGAGAGAAACUUGGACUUCAAACUGCCCAUGCACACACUUUCAGCACACACACUGACUAAAAAAAGUCACGCUAUGAAAGGAAAAAAAGAAGAAAACAACCGUGUACACGAGUGUGUCUGUAUUUGUGUGGAUGCAAUCAUGUCUGCUGAUGUUUCUGCACAGAGAUCAUGAAGCAGGCUUGGUUAUUGAACAGGGUUUUUAUUCAUUUCUGGUCUCUGGUGUUGGGGGGACCAAAGAACUGUUACAAACAGACCACAGAGGACCUACAGUGAUGUUUUGUUUGUGUGAGUAUGUAUAGAUGGACGUUUCAACUACAGAGAGUGAACAUGGAGCUAGUGCACAAAAGUUUGGAUGGGUUUACGUUUGACGUGAGGUGUGCCUCGCCAGUAGUUUUCAUUAGAGCUUGGAUGUGUGGAUCGUCACACUGCAUGCCCUUAAUAGAUUAGAAUGACCUACGUGAAGUCCCUUUAGGUGAGUCUUCCUACUCACUUGUCACUUUUGGAAUUAUCCAAGUCAUUCUUUUGGCUUAACAAGACGAGGUCUCGGAUUCAUUUAAAGUAGGCAGGACCUAGCUGGAAUUUCAACGAAUGUUGCAGAUCAUUGAAAGGCUCAAGAUGAGGUUCGAAAACCUUUUCUCUAAUCUUUAGGUCUUAAUUCAGAAACAUAGGGUAUAACCAGAGCAAAUGUAGUGACUGGAUAUGUUUCAUGGCAUCAUGGCAGAGUAAACUUGAAAGAUUCUUCCACCCUAAUUUUGGUUGUUUCAUACCCAACAAGUCCUUUGACCAUGCAUUAGUUUUUAAUCAAUCAGCGGGAAAUUUUGUAUAAUCUACUCAUAGUUUUUUGGAAGGUAAUGCGAACUCUGUUCAACAAUAUCUAGUGACAGGAAAUGUGCUAGCUUGUAUUGCUUUGAUCAGAGGUCAUAAUCUUACAAUUUUAAAGGCGAUACCUGUCCAAAAGAUGAGAACCAAAACCAAAAGGCUCAUCAGAAAUCGUCCGUCUGUCCAUACAUCCAUCCUUCCAUCCAUCCCGGGUUGUCCUUGCUGGGCACAACCUAGACAUUUUUGCUUUGUGAAUUAAAUAAUGACUUGUAGCCUUCACUAUAACUAUCUCCUUAAAUCUCAGAAAUAUUUAACUUCUUGUAGAUUAUUUUGGCAAAUUUGCUUGAAACCUCUUCCAUUCCUUUCGCAACCAAGGUGGAAUAUGUAUCCACUAAUGCUGGGUGAUGUAUAUUUUACACAUACUAAGGAAAGAAAAGUGAACCAAUACAUAGUUAACUAUGUACAGGGGCAUGAAGUGACUUGAUGUUUUGUGCCAAAUAGAUAUAGGAAGGAACAAAAUAGACAUGCACGUAGGAAGAGGUGAGCGCAGACCAAUACCGUUGCUUAUAACAGGAUAAAGAAAUUAUCCCGGUGAUAGCAAGACAACUGUUUGCAGUGAUGAUUAGAGAAGUGAAGUUUGUAGCUAAACUGUCUACUUGUGUUGCUUUAUUGAGAAACUUUGAAAACCAAAUCAUUUGUUUUCUAUUUAGAGAACCAGAAAGAAACCCUCUCUUGCACCUACUAAGCCCCUGUUGGCAUUGGGACCUCUUAGGCUAAAACCAUAGCAACUGCAGCUGCGUAGCUCCUUCCAAGCAUUUCUUCUAUCAAGGCUUCAAUUAGAAGCAGAGCAGAGCAAAGUAGAGCCUGCCGUCCAGUUUCCAUUUACCACUUAGGAGAUGUUCGUAAUGGGGCGAAGGAGCCGUCACUGCCACUUUCUUUCCUCAUUCAAAUGCAUAGUUAAUAACCCAAAUGCUAACCUGUUUCUGCAGAACUGGACACAUUUCCAACCCAGAAUAUCCUGGUUUAUGUCACAGUGCCGCAUCGGAUCAGUCAAGCAACUGGAGUGGAACGGACUUAAAGGUCCGGACCAGUGAUUCCGCCUUGCAUUCGCAACUAAAUUGAUUGUGGAAUCCAUUCUAUUUCCAAGAUUAAAGAUGGCUUCCAGAAACCUUAACAUUCCAAAACAAAUGAAAAUACAAAACAAAAAUGUAAAUGAAAAAAAGAGAUUCUGGAACCUUGAGGAGCCAACUGUGCAAAUAUUGUUGUGAAGGAGUCCAACGGCCCCGGGGCCUCUGGUUUGUCGGACUGAAGUAAUGCAGUGAGGCCGCUGCGGCUUUAGCAGACGAAGUGGUGAAAACUGGUUCAGAAUGAGGUUCCCUCCAUCUGUCCAUUGGCGCUGCAGCAAAGGGACGCUCCGGGCAUCGAAGAGGUUCUGUUUGUUUUGCCUUCCCCUGUGUACGUUUUGUCCCAGUGACUGUAUGAGUCACCCGCAUCCCCGACCACUCCCAGCACUCCUUCUACUCCCCCUCUCAUGACUGUGGGAUCUGUCUCCAUCUGUCUCUUUUGCGCCACUGUAACCCCCGUCAGCUGGCAAAGAGCGAGUUCUCCUUUCCUCCCCGCAUCCUCCUCCAUCCUUUUAUUUCUCCACCUAUUUUUUCCGUCUCAUCCACCUCACCACCUCUCUUCCCCUGUGUCCGGUCUAUGCAUCCGAGCUCAGUAUUAGAGACGACACAGGAUGAAUGUCAAUGAAAGGACUGUUAGAAAACAUUGAUGCUGUUUUUUUGUUUGUUUGUUUUGAUUUUGGAAAAUGCAAAAUGUGAGCUUUCCUCUUUCAUUAUACUGUUAGCUCCCACGUAACGCGGGAUUCCUACGAACGAGUGAGAGAAUGAAUGACCGAGAAGAGUGAAUGAAUUUUUAAGAGGUGUUUAUGUGUGAAGGACCUUGACUUUCAGAACUGUGAACACAAAAGAUUAUUGGCUCUGAAUCUGCGUGUGAAUGAGCAGCGAUCAGCGAUCCAGGCUCCUAAACCCGACUUACCCCCUCCUGCCUCCCUGCAUGGAUGGACCCAGGAGGGAAAGCGUUCAUCUCCUGACUCUUGCUUGGCAAAGUAUCUCUCGGUGCUAUUGAGUCGGAGCUCCAUCUUGUGGACGAAAAAAGAAGCGUCACAACAACAACAACAACAAAACAAAAAAGCAAAGGGAAGAAAACACUCCGUCUUUCUUCCCAACGAUAGUCCUUCAGGUAUUCAGUCAUUCUGGGAAGACAAAUACAUAAAUCCAUUUCUGACGACUAGUAAAAGUGAUGCUUGUUUUAAAUAUUUAGUGAAUGACAACGAUAAAACUAUAGAACUCUGUGUUUGUUUGCCUUGUAUACUGAACUAUGGGCGUUGCUGCAGCAACUUCUUGGUUUCUUUGUUUAUGAAUUUCAUUUUUAUGAUUUCAAUUGCCUUGGUUAUGGAAAUAUGUGUUUUGCACCUAAAAUGAAUGACAUACAGCAGGCCCAGAGGAGAGAACUUGCAUAUAUACCCUAAAAGAAAUUUAUGUAACCUUUGCCCUUAACCCUAUUUCUACACACAUAUGCUGCUAAAUAUUCCUCAUAUUUCUCAGAAAGGUUGAUUGGGGCUAUAAAAAAAGAAAGUGUUAUUUUUGAACUGAGCCCAGAUGAAUAGGAGCCAAAUCAAAGAAGUAGAAGGAAGGCGAUUGUUCCAUGUGGUUUGGACACACAAGUUCAUCUUAAAAAGGAAAAAAAAGUGUAAAAUUGUUUGGACGGCCGCUUCCCAUUUGUGUAGCACAUUAGCCGUCCACAGCGUGUUCAUAAGACAGAUUCCUAUGAAGCGAGAAGUCAGGAGUGGUACAGACAAGCCAAAACAUAUGGGUACGGUGGUAAACAAAUAGGGAUGCGUUCCCUCAUAUAAAGGUGUUUUCACUUAUUAUGAAGGAGAACAUGACGCGCUACGUUAGAACUGGUGUGCAGCUCCACAAUCAGCCGAAACCUUACCGCCAACACGGAGCUGCAUUGGUGCAAUCGCUUUGCUUUGCAAACCGACGAGUCAUGAACCGGCACAAAAAGCCGGACUGUGUUUGAAAAACCCCAAACCAAAGAGCCGAGCUCUCUCUGCCUGCAGCAGUAAGCUAAAUAGUAAAUAGAAACAAAUAUAUUGACAGCUUAUUAUAUUGGAGAAUUACAUUUCUAUAAAUAUCUAAUAAGAGGACUAUAUUGAAGAUUAACUAUUAUUCCCCCAUUAAAUGAAAAGUGCUAUAUUAAAGAGGAGUGAGGGUUUAAUUACUCUGACCUUCAUUUAUUUUUCCCGCCCAACUCAGCUGCAUAAAACUGUAUUUACAGCGCCCUCUACAGUUAUCGGUACCCAUAGCAUUUAAUUGUUUAUUGCGGUAGUAAAAUAUUGCACUGAGCAUUUUAGCAAAAACUUCUCUUUUAAUUUAAUUUAUACAGUGAAAGCGGGAAAAAAAUUCCACAUCACAAUUUUUGGUGCCCCUAACAAAACGUAUAAAGUCAAUAAUACAUCUGUAACAUUUGUGUUUUAUGCCCGUAAGUGGUUGACUAAAACAGAAAAGCAGCAAAACGUUUCAUCUUUGUGCCACUGCGUCUCCAUAACAACCAUUAAAAUCAUAAACAUUGGGGUUUCCUAAAAUCCGCAGGGGCUAAGAAAAGAAAAUAAGAUGAUUUCUCAAGGUUUAAAGUCACUCGUUAAACUAAAUUUGUUUAACUAAUAUAGUUUUGGUUAAGUUCAAGAACCAUAGUAUGUUUCUUUUAGAUUUUCAGUAAAAUUAAUAUAUUAGACAUUUACAAAAAGAACAAAUUUUUAAUAAAGUUUCUAUGGCGAUAUUGUAUGAAAACAUAAAAAACCACAUUUGCUACAUGUAUAUGUGCUGCUAAGUUUGAUUGCGUUGUUGAUCAUCAUCUGGAGGCCCUUAAGCAGAAUUAAAAAAAAAAAAAAUUCCGAUAAUCUCAUUACAGAUUUUCGGUUUGUUUUUGUAGUACCUUCCUCUGCCACUAGAGGCCCGGACGUCAAAGUCUAAGUUUGACUGACAUCUGCCAAAUGUAAGUGGCAUAUUUCAGACCUCUAAUCAGGAGAGACUGAGCAAAAAAAAAUCUUCAAACCUUUGAAAUGUUAACCUUAUUAAUGUUGGCCAAAACGGUAUAUAUCAUAUUUUACACAAAGAUGGACAGGGAGGUGAUUCCGCUAACCUCUGACCCCUACUUACCCCACUCUAAUAAAUUUAUGACAGGCUUUCCAAUUAGCCACCUCUUGAUCUGUCUAAACUCAGAGUUCUGGACGUCAGAAAGCCCCAGGCGAAUGUCAAGGCUGCAGUGUUUGGACCGAUAAAGUUCUUGUUUAAAGCGAGCAACAUGAGCGAGGUCCACCUUCGAGCAAAACAGCUCCCCAAACUCCGUUUCUAACGCAGCGCUGUCGCUGUGUAGGCAGCUUCUAAAGACACACACACAUGUUAAUUAGAGAGGAACACAAGACAGCCAGAUUUAUUUGAAUGAUUCUAUUUUUGUUACAUCUUAUUAAAAGUUUUAAAAAAGUGUAUUUAAAGGAAUAUUCCAUGUACGUAUUGAACAUCCUCUGUUUCCUGGUCCCAUCCGAUGGUGUAAUGUGUAGCUGCAAAGUGGCGUCUCACACAAAUGCUCCUCUCUGCAGCUAUCCGAUGCCAAUGUGAUGACAAAUGUUAUUAUAUCAUUAUAAAUAAAUUAUUUUUCUUGCCUAA